AUGAGAGCUAUGUUUUCCCACCCUGCCAUCCUGUUCCUGUGGAUUCAGAGUACUAGUGGAUGGAUGCAUCCUAAAUGCCAGAUUUAUGACAGUGGUGAAGACUUGGGAGACUUUCUCAAAUGGACCUGCAACUACUUACCUCGUCAUGGAGAACAUUGCACUGCUGCCUGUGAAGAUGUCACAGCCAUCGAGGAGGAUCUACUUGGACUUCCCCCUAAUAUCAAUACCAUCUGCAUAUCUAUGAAACAUGGUGAAAAUAGAUCCAUGUCUCUGGGCUUUUUCUCUCAGUUUCAGGAUCUGGAGUACCUGUACAUUGAGGGAUGUUUAACUCAAAUCCUUCCAACUGGGAAUAGUCACCUUCCAAAUCUGCAACAUAUGUACUUGAUAGAUAAAUGGGGAACGGGCUCUGGGUGCUGUGAUUGUCAUAUUGGGCCUCAUACAUUCAGAAAUAUAGUUAAGUUAUGUGAUUUGACCAUACAGGGUUACAGGUUAACAGCAAUGGCCCCAGAUGUUUUCCAUGGUAUCCCUCAGUUACAAAGAUUCAUCAUUAGUGAACCCUGUGUUGAGGAUUGGUCAGAGGUACUAUGCAGAAUAAUGAAUAUAAAGUCACUUAUAGAGCUAAAAAUCAAAGCACCAGAGAUACAAUCGUUAAACCAAUCAAACUGCUCCAUUUUAAACACAAAAGAAAGCAUGAAACCUGUUUUUAACAAUCUAGCAUUGUCUGACUUCUCAUUUGGUGAAAUAACACAUAUAGAGGAAGGUGCACUGGCUUGGCUCCAGAACCUCACAAGGUUAACUGGGGCUUUCAGCCAGGAAGUCCACCUGCGCCUUCCCCUGUCUGGGAUUCAGCAAAUUCAGUACUUCAGUUGCUCUGGUAGUAAUGACAUUGAUUUUGAAUGUAUCUGUGAUGUAGUGUUUUUGCUUUCAAUCAAGGAAAUAUAUUUAGCCAAUGCCAAUAUACGUAGCCUCUCCAUGUCCAGUGUUGAAUUGUGCACUGGUCUAGAAUAUAUGUAUUCAAAUGGACUUGGAUCCGUCCAUCCUUCGCCCCAUUUGAAAUGGAAUUUCAUUUCCAGUCUCAAAAACCUUAACCAAUUGAACAUAGUUUUCCUGAGAGAUAAAAACCCUGAGAUUUGCUCCUUCCAAAAACAACCAAUCACAUGGUUAACAAAACUCACAUUUUUAAUCAAUAUACAAACACUUUUUGCUAAACAAUUUAGCUGUCUUGUUACGCUGCAGUAUCUGGAUUUAACACAGAAUUUAAUUUCAAACAUUGAAGACUUUGCUUUCCUGGGAUUGACAAAUCUGGAGUCCUUAGACAUUACAAGUAAUAAGAUAACACAGAUAAAUGCAAACACAUUUUUUGGUUUACAUAGUUUGACAUGGUUAGACCUCAGGAACAAUCCACUUAUUCACAACAUUGAGGCAAUGUCUUUCACACACCUCACGUCUCUUAGACAAGUGUUUCUCGGGCAAGUGAACAAUCCACUAACAGAACCUGUGAUCAAGCUGAAUCUGACACUUAUAUUUGGUGCCAUUCUGAGUCAGCUGACUCAUCUGUACAUUAGUUCAGCUAUGAGGCCAAUGCAGUUGGUUAUCGGCAGUAGCAUCACAUCUAAACAGAACCUGAGUCUCCAGCUCAAAGGCCAUACGCGUUCUGCCGACAUCAUUUUUCACAACUUGACCAAACUGGAGGUUCUGGAAAUGUACCACUGCAGGAUUUUUUCUUUGGAGGGGAGUUUAACUAAAGACUUUAAAUCUUUGAAAACAUUGUAUUUGCAUAUAGAGAACAUUUAUAAUGUAUUCUACAGCUUUACUGAACCUCUCUCUAGUCUUAAGUAUUUGAUACUUCCUCAGUUCCAGAUUUUUUGCAGUUGUGACAAUGCUUGGCUCAUUACAUGGGCCAAAGGGUACAGCCAGGUUGAGGUAAUCAUGCUUACUCCGUAUACACAUCCCGUUAUGUAUGCUUUGGAGGACUUGAUAUGCUUGUUGGACAAUGGAAUAGACACACCUAAUUUUGUCAGGUACACAGAAGCCAACUGCACUACAGAGGUUGGCUUUGUGCUCUUUGCUGCGACUGGCCUGGGAGUCCUGUUCUUCAAGCUGGUGGUGUUGGUCCAUAACCUGGCCGGUCCCUACCUCCUCCCCCUCUACCACAUCACCCUUGGCUGGCUGUCGGAGGCCAUGCGAUCCAACACCAGGGGGCGCUACCACUACGAUGCGUUUGUCUCCUAUAGCGGGAAGGACGAGCGCUGGGUGGUGGAGGAGCUGCUACCCAACCUGGAGCAGAGGGGUCCUCCUUUCCUGCGCCUCUGUCUGCACAGCAGGGACUUCCAGCUGGGGAAGGACAUUGUGGAGAACAUCACAGACAGCCUUUACCGGAGCCGACACACCGUCUGCCUAGUCAGCCGCCACUACCUGCGCAGUAACUGGUGCUCCCUGGAGAUGAAGCUGGCCACCUCCAGGCUGCAGGUGGAGCAAAGGGACAUCCUCCUCCUAGUCUUCCUGGAGAAGAUCCCCCCUCGCCAGCUGUCUGCCCACCACAGGCUGGCUCGCCUGGUGAAGACCAGGACCUAUCUGGACUGGCCCCAGGACCCCCAUCAGCACCAGGCAUUCUGGGACAGACUGUGGGCUAAACUGUCUGCAGCGUGA